GUACCGCGUCAGCUUUCGCAGAAGUCACGUGACUUGGUCUGUUUAACACGAGUCCAUUACACUGAAUCACGGCUAUCAUUCAGUUUAGAUGCGGUCAGAAGCGACAAAUGAGUAUGAGGAACCUUUCCUUCAUUUGUUGGGUUCUAUUACUCGUGGACGUUUCUCCAUCUGGUCAUGUCAAAACCAAUGAUGAAUACAACAUGGCAAGGAUUGAGCAGUAUUCUGGCAAAAAUGUGUUUGUUGCUGUGGCGGAUGGAGUGAAGACGGUGAUAGUAAUGGAGGGAGAUUCUCUCACUUUAAACACUAACGUUACUGAAAUAAAGAGAGAUGUCACCGUACUGUGGAUGUUUGGAGAUGAUAACUCUAUCAUAGCUAACAUGAAUGAAGCAGCUGGAAUUUUCUCUGACAAUGAUAAUGAGAGAUUCAGAGAUAGACUGGAGCUGGACAAACAGACUGGAUCUCUCACCAUCAGAAACAUCAGAACUGAACACACUGGACUUUAUCAACUAAAGAUCAAGAGCACAACUGAGACAUCGAAGAAAUUCAGUGUCACUGUCCGUGAUGAUGUGCAGUCAGUGUCACUGCUGGAGGGAGAUUCAGUCACUCUACAGACUGGUGUUACUAAAAUACAGAGAGAUGAUCGGAUACUGUGGAAGUUUGGAGAUCAAGGCACCCUCAUUGCUGACUUAAAUGGCACUACUGAUGCUAAAUGGAAAAACAUGAUCAAACUGAAUGAUCAUACUGGAGACCUCACCAUCAGAAAUAUCCAAACUGAACACUCUGGAGACUAUGAUUUGGAGAUCAACAACAGCAGCAUGAUCUUACACAGGAAAAUCCAUAUUGCAGUUAGUGAGCUCCCCCCGAGUUCACAUUGGCAGACAACUGGUCCAGUGUUGGCAGUCAUUGUUGGGAUCUUAAUCGUGAUUGUAAUCGUAAUCAGUAUUGGGUUCAAGAACGGUUGGUUUAAAGUAUGUUGGCCAUGCAAGAAGAGUGGUGAAACAUACUGAGUGUGACACGAUGCAGCGGUUGAACAGCGAUGACCAACAGCAGUCGGUACACAUUAAUAGAGUUUGAAAAUCAGCCAUUUUGCACUGUAAAAAGGAUUUAAGACUUUAAUUUUAUCUGAAAAAAGAAAAAUAGGGAAAGGUGCUUUAAUUUAUUAUAAAGUUGAUGCUUGUCAUUCAGAUUCAUUCAUUAUCUGCAAACAGAUAAGGUUCUUUUUUUUUAUUAUUAUUAUUUGUUUGACAAAUUUUUGUAUAGAAAUUUAAAUGUCAUUAUUUUGUACUUUUUUGGUAGUUUGACAAUUAUUAUUUUACAGAGCCCCUAAAUGGACAUGAAGGAAGAAAAAAAAAAUAGAUGAGAGGAAAAACAAAGUCAAUGCAUUUGUGCUCUUUCACAAAUGUUUUGCUUUCUUACAAAAAAACGUAUUUGUGUUCCCCGAGAAUUUUUAUAUUUGCUCACAAAAUGUUUGUGCAAUGUUUCUCGGGGGAAUGCAAAAGUUUAGUGAGGGAACGCAACAUAUUUUGUUUUUUGUCCCAUGCCAUUGUUUUUCCACUACUAUCCCUUUAGGAGCUCCAUACAAAAUUACAUUGAAAAUAUGAGAUUUAAAAUUCUUUUAAAACAUGGAAAUCAAAAGCAUUUGAAAAGUGUUGAAAUUAUCAUGUUAACUAAUUUGUAGACAAAGUCAGCAAGACAAAGCAUCAGUAGCAUCAAAGGAGGAGCAUGAACAAGAUCAUUCUCAAAUCAUGUAUAAUCAAAAAUAGUGUACUGUCAGUGCAUCUACUGUGCUAUGAUUAAUGUAUGAUGUAAUUUACUGUAUGCUCAGUAAGGCAUACAUAUGUAUUCAUACUACAUCCAGCAUGUUGACAUUGUCAUGCUGUGGUGCCUGCAGAUAUGGCUGUAUACUAUGAGUGCUCCAACUGACUUGAGAAACAUUUUCCCUGAGAGUAUUUCAACAAAUAUGUCGUGUGUCCAGUAUUUCUGACAUCUGUUCAGAAUUGGGGUAUGUUUACAUGACAACUCAGAAAAGUUAUCCUGCAUUAUGCAUGCCAGGCCAGUAGUUGGUGAUGCCGCUUUGUAAAGAAACACUACACGUUUGAUUUGUUUGGACUGCUUUCUCACUGAUUAGUUCUCUAGAAUAUAAAAUGUAUGCUGCAGAAUUAAGGUUCAUCUUCAUUGGAAUUACUGGAAUAACCAAGCUUGUUCAUUAGAACAUGGUGUCCGCAUACUUGCUGCUGUAUAUAUUCCAAAUAUAUUAUAUUAUAUCUU